GUGGGCCAAUCAGCUGGUAACAAGCGGCCGGGAGCAAAGAGCCAAUGGGCUGGAUGAGCUGAGCGGGGUAUGAUCGGGCGCUGGCCAAUGGGGUUGCGGGGUUUCGAGGUGGCCUGACUUGCGGGUGAAGGAGGUCGAAUGUCCGUGGGUGGUUUCAGGUUGGUCGCCUGUGUUUGCGGUUCCCGAAGGGCGGCGGCCUGGUUAUGGAGCUGGCGACGCUACUGCAGCACAGAUGGUGAUAGUUCGAAUGUCAACAAAACGGAGAAGCCCAAGACUCCCAAGAUUUACACAAAAACAGGAGACAAAGGGUUUUCCAGCAUAUUCACUGGAGAGCGCAGGCGCAAGGAUGAUAAUGUCUUUGAAGCUUUGGGCAGCACAGAUGAAUUGGCAUCUAUAAUCGGGCUGGCCAUCGAGUUCUGCUUGGAGCAAAGUCAUGAGUUUGAGGAGGAACUUUACAAGAUCCAGUGUGUGUUACAGGAUGUUGGAUCCAACGUAGCUACUCCUAUCUCCUCUGCGCGAGAAAGCCAUCUUAAGAGAACAACAUUUAGUGAAAAGCCAGUGAUUGAGCUGGAAGAGUGGAUUGAUCAAUAUACAGAGCAGCUCCCACCUCUCACGAACUUCAUCUUACCAUCAGGAGGAAAAUGUAGUGCAACCCUGCACUUGGCACGAGCAAUCUGUCGUAGGGCAGAGAGGAGCAUGGUCUGCAUUGUACAAGCUGGAGAAGCUGACCACAAUGCUGCAAGAUACCUCAACAGGGUUUUCCUGUUUCCUCACAGACUAAGUGAUUACCUGUUCACAUUGGCAAGGUAUGCUGCCAUGAAGGAAGGCAAAAAGGAGCUGAUUUACAAGAGGAUAAAUGAAGACUAAAUGGGUGCUGUCCCCACAUUCCACUUAAAAUGAAGAUAUGCAAACCCUUUGUCAGCUGAUUUCAGAACGAUUCUAUUUUACAGUAUAUGAAGGUUUUAAUUGGGUGGCUUGUUUUGUAUUUGAGAUUUCAGGAGAUUGCUGCCAUACUAGCCAGCUGACAUUGUGCCUCCUCAUGCAGAGCUGUUGGGUAAUGUUCAAACAAUUUUCCCCAUUCCCUUUAUUUUUCUUGUUUGUAUUUCUGUAGAGCUAUUUCCCCUGAAAAGAGGAUCAACAUUUUUACCAUUGGCUAAAAGCAACUGCUUGAUUUGAGGUGGGGGUGGGGGUGGGGAAGGAAGGAGAUUGGUUUUUGUGCUCAUCAAAGCAAGGGAUGUAAAAUGCAGAAGAGAAUAUUUCUCUUUUUUUGCACUGGGAGUAUCCCACAUUUAAGGUUGGGUGUAGGAUGAGUUAGAUGCAGAAUUUAGUUUCCAGUAGGGCCCUAACCCCAGCUUCAGAAGAAUGCUCUUGAGUUGGGGUGAAACUACCAAACCUACGAUCUAAACUCUCAGUAGAGAGGAAACUUCCAAUCCAUUAAUGAAACAGAUUUACAAUUCCUGUCUUUGGAGAAGAAUUGUACUUCAGUCUUUUCUCAAAAAAAGCUGUUAUUUAUUUUCCUCUUCCUUACUCUGCCUCCUUGUUUUGCACAACAUAACUAUCCAGGGAGCAGGGAGAGUGGCUUACCUCCAGAUCUUCAUUAGGCAGGAACACCCAGGGUUACUCUUUGUUCAGUGUGGGGCACAUCAAACUUUUGACCUAUUAACAUUGCUGAGAUGAGGUAUUAAAAUUUGGAAUUCUGACUUCUGUUUUCAUGGAUGUAUUAUGAUACUUAUAUAAAUUUGCACAAUUUGGUUUAAAAUUGAAAAAGCUAGGAAAUGCAUUGGGUCAAUUUGCAUUUGAAAGGAAGCAGGCUAACAUUUGGCUGACAGUUCUUCAAUCAGAGGCUGUUCAAUUUUUACUUCUGCUGAUAGUUCCUACAAUCUGUUGAAUUAUAAUCAGUGUUGCUAAGUAAUCAUUAUCCUGUUUCAUGAGAGAUGUAUUUUAAUGUUGAUUUCAUUACUGAAUUCAUCCUGUUAUGCUGAACUGAAAUUGAAUUGAAAAAACAACCUGUACUCUAAAUAAAAAUAUUGAAGAAAUCAAA